AUGCCUAACUUCGAAGCCGCGUGGAGCAGUCGAUCGUCAGGCGAAACCGCGACGCAACUACCACGUUACAAUAAUAUCAACCCCGAGAGAGGCCCCCCCGCAAGUUUAUCCCGAGUGAUAUCGGGGCCCGACCAGGUCGAUAUCUCUCGCUCGUUCGCCGCGCGAAGGUGGAAUACGCAGAGAGGAUACACCGCGGCAUAGAUCGCGGUACCGUUUCACCGAGGAUAAUAUCACGAACCACAUGCGCUGCUGCAGCGGCGAGUAUAGAGUGUUUGUGCGUGCGUGACCCGGGUUUUUCGGGCCCGUUGCCUUCGUCGCGUUGUAUAGCUCGGACCGUCCGCGCACGGUGCGCUGGACCGUCUCGGGAUGUUGUUGGGAGAGGCGAUCAGGGCCUGCUGAGCGGCACGAUUCGACGAAAGCCGGGUUUCAGAAGUGCGCGUGAAUCCCCGCUAUGUGUGGUGUACGUAUAUAACUACAUAUCGAGUAGUCGGGCUGAUCUUCGCCCGCCGCAGGACUCGCCCGAGAGGUUCGAAUGACCGAAAAAAUUUCAAAACUCACACCGCACCACCACGCCCGCGGCCAAACGUCGGAGCUGAGGCGCAAACGGAUCACCGGCGAAUGACCAAAGAUCACGAUGCUGCCGAUGCCCCCCUCACGUGCCACAAAGUCGAAAAAUUUCACGAAAUUUCAUUAAGUUCGUACGAAUCCGGUGGAUGCGGUGGCACCAUAGGCACGACGAAUCGAUCAUUGGAUAACAUUUUUGAUUCCGAAUGCAGUGAUGAUUAUUGUACAGAUUACACAGUGAGCGGAAUUUAAUUCGAUGCGAUUGCCAUGAAUUUUUCCCUCCUUCGCUACUUGCGGAAGAUAUGUUGGCGAUCGUGAUACCGUGACAGUGCUUAUAACCCUAGUGACCGAAUACUGGAUUAAAUAAUAAUAAAAAAUACAUAUUGUGCGUAUAACUACCUCAGUGAAAAAUAUAAGUGUUCAGUUGUUCUUGUGUUUUCUCGUCGCGUUUACGUUGUAGGGAUAAUCGUCGAGGGGCGUACUCUGGAUACGAGUACGAUCGCGGAGCUUACAGAAAUAUUCGUUUCCAGAGAUAAAGGGAUCGGCAAUUCCGGUGGCAAUAAACGGUGCAUGAUUUUACUGACAAUUGGAGGCAAAAGGGAUCUGGGCAGAAUGGAACCGCUUUCCUGGAGGUAAUCCUCAACGCCGAGGUACCGUCAGGAUGCAGCGAGUUCAAGUCGUCCUCCUUCUGGUCCUCGGGACCUCUUUUGUCCCGGGACCGAAAGCAGAGCUUGUCCGGCAUCUUGAGGUGGCGGAAAACGCGCCCGCGGGUACCAGGGUGGGUCUGAUAGACGCGGAGACUCCACCUUACCUGAUCGUCCACGUCCUAGGAUCGACCGCCGAGGCGGAUCUCAACGUGGACUAUACAACCGGGGAGAUAAGGACGAAAGUGCCCCUGGACAGGGAAACGAGGGCUUCUUACAGCCUGGUCGCGUUGCCCCACAACGGCGACAACGUCCGCGUCGUUGUUAAGGUCCUCGAUGAAAACGACAACGCUCCCGUCUUCCCGGUCGAUCACGUCGACGUCGAAUUCCCGGAGAAUUCACCUCGUGACGCGAAACGCGCCCUGCCACCCGCCAAGGAUCCGGACCUUGGUCAGUACACGACGCAAAGAUACGAAAUUGUGUCCGGUAAUGUCGGCGACGUAUUCAGACUGGCCGCCCAUCGCGGAAGAGAUGGCGUACUGUACUUGGAUUUACAAAAUUCUGGUUCCCUGGACAGAGAGACCAGAGCGAACUACAAUCUGGUGAUAGAAGCGCUCGACGGAGGUGCGCCGCCGCUGAGAUCUAGAUUAAGGGUGAACGUCACGAUCCAAGACGUCAACGACAACCCUCCGAUAUUCAAUCAAACUCGUUACUUGGCGAGUGUCCCCGAAAACGCGACCGUCGGAACGUCCGUCCUUGCGGUGAACGCGCGGGAUUCGGACGCCAACGAGAACGGAAAGAUCGAAUAUUCGAUAAACAGGCGGCAAUCCGACAGGGAAGAGAUGUUCAGGAUAGACUCCGAGACGGGCAUGGUUUACGUUAACAAACCCCUCGACUUCGAAUCGAAGGACAGUCACGAGCUGGUUAUCGUUGCCAGGGAUAGAGGCGCUCAACCGUUGGAGGCGAGUGCAUUUCUCACGGUGAGGGUCACCGACGUUAACGACAAUCAACCCGCCAUCACGGUCAUAUUUUUAUCGGACGACGCAACGCCGAAGAUAUCGGAGAGCGCCCAGCCGGGUGAAUUCGUCGCAAGGAUAUCGGUCAGCGAUCCGGACUCGAGAACGGAAUACUCGAACGCCACGGUCACCCUCUCCGGAGGCGACGGUCAUUUCGGUUUGGCUACGAGGGACAAUAUCAUCUACCUCGUCGUCGUAGAGCGGCCCUUGGACCGCGAGGAAAAACCAGUCUACGAACUCUCCGUCGAGGCCACGGACGCCGGGACACCUCCGCUCCGAGCGGCGAGGACCUUCAAACUUCUCGUUACCGACGUCAACGAUAACGCGCCAAAAUUCGCUCGGGAUUACUACGAAGCACAUUUAUUGGAGGCCUCGGAGCCCGGAACCAACGUUGUCCAGGUAUCGGCUAGCGAUCUGGACGAGGGAGCGAAUUCCGCGAUAAAAUACUCCCUACAAAAUUCCACGUGGUUCACCAUCGACGAGAAUACCGGCGUCGUCACGACGGUUACGCACGUCGAUUGCGAGGCUGAUCCCGCGCCGAAACUUAUCGUUAUCGCUACCGAUUCGGGGCGACCCCCUCUCAGUAGUACCGCGACUGUUCAGGUCACCGUUCACGACCUCAACGACAACGAACCCAUCUUCGAGAAACCCCUCUACAACGCUACCGUUCCCGAGGAUCUACCGAUAGGACGCUGUUUUAUCAAGGUCCAAGCAACGGAUCCGGACUGCGGAGUGAACGCGAUGGUGAACUACACUCUCGGAGGUGGUGGAAUAGCCGCGGAACAGCUCCUGGUGAGGAGUGAUACCGGCGAGAUAUGCGUGCGGGCACCUUUGGACCGAGAAACCGCGUCGUAUUUGGAACUUCCGGUGAUCGCCACGGACAGAGGUGGUCUCAGCACUACGGCUAUCGUCCUCGUUCAGGUGACGGACGUCAACGACAACCGUCCGAUAUUUUCACCCUGGCAGUACAACGUGACCUUGAGGAGCGACAACGCGGCGAACGGUCCGAUCCUCCGUAUUUUGGCCACGGACAAGGACGUCGGUCUCUUCGGGCAGGUGGCGUACAGGAUAUCCGGUGGAAACGAAGCCGGUGUUUUCAGGAUAGACAGAAGUUCCGGCGAACUUCACGUGGCCAGGCACAGUCUUCUGACCAGAUCUCAGAUGCACCACCUCAACGUAACGGCCACGGACGCCGCGGGCCUGAAAAGCCUCAAGGACGCGGAGGUGAAGAUCUCCGUUUCCUCGGCCGGUAACAGACUCGCGGCAUGCGAAAAGCCGAGAUAUUCCAUCAGCGUCGAGGAGAACAUUCCGCAGAAUUCGAUCAUUGGGAACAUCAAGCCGGCCGUCGACUCCGGCACGGGAGUCGUACGAUUUUUCCUGGCCAACGAAGAGUCGAAUUUAUCGAUCGACGUCACUACCGGACUCCUGCGGACCCGUCUACCUCUGGACAGAGAAAGCAAGGCCAGAUACAUACUCAGCGUAGCCGUUCGGAGUGGGAUUCCCGUCGGAUAUUGCCAGGUCGAGAUCGAUGUCAAGGACGUGAACGAUAAUCCACCCUCUUUUCCGAGCGCCUCGGUGAGGAUAUCGGUACCGGAAUCUCACCCGAUCCACGCGCCCCUCUACGUCGCUCACGCCACCGACCCGGACAUUACUCCGCCCGCACCGAUCCGAUAUCAGCUAACGCAGAACAGCAACGAUCUAUUCGGAAUCGACGCGAGACUCGGCGAAGUUUACCUGGUCAGAAGACUCGACUACGAAACCCAGCAGAGACACAGCCUCCUGAUCAGCGCGGGGGACGGCGCCGGUUUCUCUGCGAAUUUCAGUCUCAGCGUGGAGGUGCAGGACGUGAACGACAACCCCCCGGUGUUCGAGAGAAACGAGUACCACGUGGACGUUCUCGAGAGCGCAAGGCCGGACUUACAGAUACUGCAAGUGACCGCCGUCGACCUGGACACGGGUAACAACGCCCGCCUGAGUUAUCGUCUCCAAGGAUCACCUUCGUUUCGCAUCAGUCCGAACACGGGGUGGAUUUACCUCGCCCAGUCCCUCGAUCGAGAAACGGUGGAUCGUUACGCCUUGACCGUCCUGGCGACCGACAAUGGUUCGCCGGCAGCGACGGCGAGUGCCUCGGUGCUGGUGACGGUCCUCGACGACAACGACAACGAGCCGCGUUUCGAUAAGGAGUCCUACAGCUUCGAGAUGCUCGAAAAUCUACCCGCUGGUACCCUGGUCGGUACCGUUGGCGCAACGGAUGCGGAUAUCGGGAAGAACGCGCUCCUCAGGUACGCGGUGAUCCAGCCCAACAGCAGCUUCGUCGUCGACCCGGAUACCGGUGAAAUCACGACGCACGAACCGCUGGACCGAGAACUUCGAGCGGUUCACGAACUUGUCCUGGAGGCUCGGGAUCAGGGAAUGCCGUCGAAAGCAGCGCGGGUCCCCUUGCGUGUGACGGUACUGGACGUGAACGACAACUCGCCGGAAAUCGUCGAUCCUCAGGGGGAUGUUGUGAGCGUUCGCGAGGAGCAGCCACCCGGGACGGAAGUAGCCAGGGUCCGAGCAUUGGACACGGAUCGCGGGGAGAACGCCUCGGUCACCUACAGCAUCCUGAAAGACCGUGACUCCGACGGUUAUAACGUCUUCACCAUUGACCCUAACACCGGGAUGAUUAGGACCAAAGUAGUCCUUGACCACGAAGAACGCAACGUCUACAGAGUAUCCGUUAAAGCCAGCGACGCCGGUCGACCGCCGCGUCACAGCGUCAGGGCCCUUCGCGUAGAAGUUUUAGCCCUGGCAGAUAACAGGCCAACAUUCACCAGCAGUAGUCUGACUUUCACGGUCAGAGAAGAUGCAACGAUCGGUCACGCGGUGGGUUCGGUUUCCGGUGCCGGUCCAAGCGGGAGAGUAGCUUAUACUUUGGAUUCGUUGACACCGAUCAGCCAGUUUCCAGCGUUCGACGUUGACCGAGGAUCCGGUCAACUGGUCGUCGCGCACUCCCUCGACAGAGAGAACAUAAGCGAGUACCACCUGGAAAUCCGUGCGUUGGACACGACCUCGAUCGGAAAUCCACAGAGCAUAGCUGUUUCGGUAAAAAUCGUCGUCGAAGACGCGAACGACAACGCUCCGCGAUGGCCUCUGGACCCGAUAACGGUCAGAGUUUCGGAAAGAGCCGUCAUCGGAUCAACGAUCUACAACCUUACGGCGACAGACUUGGACAACGGGGUGAAUGGAGAUCUUCGGUAUAGUUUGGUCGCCGAGCUGCCCGCCGCGGGAAACUUUGCCGUCGAUUCUCUCACCGGGGCUCUCACCCUGGCGCGACCCGUCGAUAGAGAGGAAAGAGCGGAAUACACCCUCGUCCUCAAGGCAUCCGAUCGGGCACCCCCCGCCGAACAACUCGCCGCCACGGUCACCGCCAGGAUAAUAGUGCUCGAUGAAAAUGACAACGACCCGGUUUUCGUCGCCCCGGAUAAUCCACGUCUCGCCGUCACCGACGAUCUCCAACCAGGUGCCCCUCUGACGAGAGUAGUUGCGGUGGACAAAGAUAGCGGCGACAACGGUCGAGUGUCUUACAUAAUAACAUCCGGCAACGAAGGAGGUCAAUUUUCCGUUGGUUACGAUUCGGGAAUCGUGACAUUGACGCGCCCGAUGACCGGUACCGCGGAGGUAGAGGUGACCGCUAACGAUCACGGCACUCCACCGAGAAAAGCUUCGUUCAAAUUAUUUCUGACAGCGACCGGUCACGCCGUUGGACCACCGAGACUUCUCAUCCAAAAUCCGGUGGCUAGAAUUUCGGAAGACGCACAAAUCGGCGCAUCUCUGGCCACGGUCGCCGGUCAGGCCAUGGCGGAUCAAGGCAACGUGUCAUUCGUCAUUCCCGCAGGACUAGCCGCCGACAAGUUUUCCAUAUCCCCGAUGGGCCUCGUCACCCUUCGCGGCCCUCUGGACCGCGAAAUAACGGAUCAUUAUUCGGUUCCCAUCCUGGCGAGGUCGGCCAAACUUCUGGACUUGACAACCUUGGAAGUGAUGGUCCUAGACGAGAACGACAAUGCUCCAGUUUUCAGAUCUGGUUCAUGCUACAACCUCGCGAUUCCAGAAAACCAGGAAUUAUCCGUCGUUCACACGAUCGUUGCCGGGGAUGCUGACGAGGGUAAAAAUGGGGAGAUUUACUACAGCAUAGUAGGUGGCAACAUCGGGUCAAAGUUCAACCUGGACCCGACCACGGGUGCUUUAUCCUGCGCGAAUCUCGACAGGGAAACGGUUUCAAAAUACGUUCUGACCAUUUCCGCCAAGGACAAGGGUCGGCCGAGUCUCGAAGCGCGUUGCAAUAUCACCGUCGUAGUCAUCGACCUGAACGACAACGCCCCUACAUUCGUUCAGAACCAAUACACCGACACGAGACCACGUCCGGCUUCCCUCAAUAACCAGAACAACGAUCUCUCGAAUUUCGGGGUACAAUCCUUUGGACAGUACGGACAAAACUACCAAUCCAGCUACAUGCCCGUCAGGUAUGCGGCGACCAUAUCAGAGGAUGCGAUGCCAGAAUCGAGCGUAAUGAGCGUCAAGGCCACCGACCCCGAUCAAGCGAAUAAUGGAAAAAUCACGUACACUAUGGCCGAAGAAAGCACGUGGUUAUUCAAAGUGGAUAAUCUAACCGGAGUCAUAACAACGGCGGGCUCCCUCGAUCGCGAGUACCAAAGCGUCUACAACUUCCUGGUUGUGGCCACUGACGGAGGAAGAUACGAUGCAAAAACUACGUCGGUACCCGUUCAAAUCACCCUCACCGACGUGAACGACAACCGGCCGGUAUUCGCGGAGUAUCCGUUCCUCGGUCACGUGGCUAUCGGUUCGCAACCGGGGCGUAACAUUCUCCAGGUGAAAGCCACCGACGCGGAUUUAGGUCUGAACGGCGAGAUCGUAUACUCGUUCCUCCAGGAACAAGAAAAGCCAAAGUUCCGAAUCCACCCGAGCUCGGGAAUCGUGACAGCACCCUCGUCCCUCGCUCAGGACAACGGGAAGAUCUUUCACCUGGAGGUGUUGGCCAGGGACAAAGGGAAUCCCCACCGAAGCGCCACGGGACUAAUAGAACUCCGGGUAGGUGAAAUCUCGGAUCUUUCGCCGGUGCUGAAAUUUCAAAACGAAACCUACGACGUUGUCGUCGCGGAGAACUCGCCGUCGGGAACGGAAGUCGUUCAGGUAACAGCGGUCCGAUCCGACGGGAGGAGACAGCACAUCUCGUACUCGAUCGGGUCGGGCGACGAUCACGACACCUUCUCCAUCGACGAGGAUUCGGGACUCGUCAGAGUCAAUGACCCCAGAAGACUCGACGCCGAAUCGUGGAACAACGCUCAACCCAAAGACGUCGACGACGACGGAAGAACCACUUGGCGAAGGUCGCUCGAAGGUCAGCAGAUCAAGGAAGAACCGAGAGAUUCCGCCACCCACACUCUGAUCCUGGUCGCGAGGACCAUCGGCCCGGAACCUCUUCUUGCCUACGCGAGACUCGUGGUCAGAAUCUUGGACGUUAACGACAAUCCGCCGAUAUUCACGCAAAUGCAGUAUUCGGCCACGGUGCUUGAGGGAAACACCAAGGGGAAUUUCGUCGUCAAGGUUUCCGCCAGCGACGCCGACCAAGGUCUGAACAGUCGUAUCUUGUAUCACAUAGUGGAUGGCAACCCCGACAACGCGUUCACCAUCAGUCCACCGUACAGCGGUAUCGUAAGGACGAACAUUGUCCUCGACAGAGAAAUCCGGGAAAAAUAUCGGCUCACCAUAAUCGCGACUGAUCAAGGAAAUCCGCAGUUAACCGGCACCGCAGCGCUCAGUGUUCGGAUAAUCGACGUAAACGACAACCAGCCCACAUUUCCAGAGCACAGCAUCAUCUCCGUAUCCGAAGGUACCGAAGUGGGCGCCGUACUUACGACGAUAACUGCAAACGACGUCGACAGUUCGCCAGCCCUGAUUUACCAAUUCGGCAACACCACCCGCCCCGGUCCCUUCAGCAUAGAUCGAUACAGUGGCAAAGUCAUACUCCGGAGAAAGUUGGACGCGGAAACGCAGCCGGAAUACAGUCUACGCGUUCUGGCGACCGAUGGAAUCCACGAAGCGUCGACGGAACUCACCGUCAGAGUAACCGACUUGAACGACAAUGCGCCGGAAUUCCAACAGGCCGCCUACUCUGCAUCGCUUCCAGACGGCCGAGGUGAGAUACAAGAAGUCGUGGCGGUGAACGCAACGGACAAAGACCUCUUGGAGGAAAAUUCCUGCAUCCGGUACAGCCUAGCCUAUCCAGUGAAGGGCUUCAGCGUUCAUUCCGAAACGGGGGUUGUUUCGGUGAACAGGACGGCGCUGCCGAGACCCCUUUUGAAGGACGUGGUGCUGGCCGUCGUCGCUCUGGACUCGGGCAAGCCAUCGAGGUCCGCGGUCUGCACGGUGGUGGUGAGGCUAAGUACUUUGAAGAGUUCUCAGCCUGGAAAGGAGUUCAGGAUAAACGUUAAGGAAAAUGCGGAACGCGGUUCGACGCUGAUGAGGUUGUCGGACAUCGACCUCAUAGACGGGAACGUUAUCUCCGGUGAUGAUAACGGAGUUUUCGAGGUUUCUCGAGGAAAGUUGAUCCUUGCGAAAAAUCUUGAUAGAGAAAAUAAAGACCGCUUCAGAUUGCGACUCGGUUCACGGAAUGAGAAUUCUUCCGCCUCGGUUGUAAUCGUGAACGUUGAAGACGUAAACGACAACUAUCCAGAGUUCGAUCAGAAACUUUAUGAAGUCUCCGUCAAAGAAGACGCGGACAAGGGAAGCACGGUUGCCAUCCUGAGAGCAAAAGACGAUGAUCGACCUGGCACUCCAGCAGCCACCAUCACCUAUGAGAUCACUUCCGGAAACGACGCGGGUCUCUUCCGUGUGGAUAAAGCCUCUGGAGUAGUUUUGGUCAAUGCGACUCUGGACUGUGAUCUGGGACCGGAAGUUCACGUCCUAGUGGUCAUGGCCUGUGAUCUCGACCCCUCGAUUCCACUCUGCGCAUUAACGAGACUUAGAAUCCACCUGGAAGACGUAAACGACAAUUCGCCGCGUUUCCCAGUGUCGGAAUACCUCGAAUUCGUUGGUGAAAAUGAGCCGGCUGGCACGCGAAUCUUUACCGCAAGAGCGACGGACCUGGACCGCGGAAUCUUCGGGGCGUUGAAUUACUCAAUAGUGUCAGCCGCGGCAUCCGGAUUCUCCGACAUCGACGACUCCUGGCGACUCUUCGCCGUUGACUCGAAAUCUGGACUGGUUUCAACGAGGGCUGUAUUCGACUAUGAACAAAGAAAUCGCUACGCUUUUACACUCUGGGCUACCGAUACGGGCGGUAGAACCGCAGCUGUUCGCGUCCGUGUGGAAAUAGACUCCAGGGAUGAAUUCUACCCUCAGUUUACCGAGCGGAUGUACAAGUUUGCGAUACGAAACACCCUGAUUUUACCCGGAACUGUCAUCGGCCAUGUUACCGCCACAGAUCGCGACAAAGGUCCCGAUGGACGCGUUGUGUAUCAACUAACGUCGCAACACCCUUAUUUUAAACUGAACAGAACCACCGGCGCUCUCAUAGUGAAACAAAAGCUCGUAAGCGUCGCAGAAGAGUCACGGCUGGUGGUUUCCGCGAGUUCCGGAAGACAGGGGUCUUUGUCAAAUAUGACUGUCGUUGAAAUAUCCGUGGAUGAAUCCGCAGCGGAUAUAGGAUCCAAUAUGGCGGUAGCAGCGACCGGAGGUUUGGCAGAUUGGGCAUUAGGGCUCCUGAUAGCCCUGUUGUUGGUGGUAGUUGCAUUCGGGGGGAUAUUUUUAUUUCUUCACGUACGUAAUCGCCGUCACAAAAAGGGAACGAAACCGGGAUUGAACGGAGAGAGCACCGUGACAACAUCCAACAGCUACGUUGACCCGAGUGCGUUUGACACGAUACCGAUCCGCAGCGGAGGCACGUCUAGCCAAUUCGCGCCCCCAAAAUACGAUGAAAUUCCGCCGUACGGAACGUCAGGACAAUCUGCCCAACAACAAGCAACUUCGGAACUGUCGGGAAGUGAUCAGUCGGGAUCAUCCGGCAGAGGAUCCGCCGAAGAUGACGGAGAGGACGAGGAAAUUAGGAUGAUAAACGAAGGACAGCAGACCGGAGACUCGGCGAGCGAUCUCUCGGUUCACAAUACUCAGGAGUAUCUCGCUAGACUCGGUAUAGUCGAUCCACCAACUGGUACCCCGAGAAGACCACCAGAAGCCUUGCCUCUGGACAGCUUGCAUCUCUUUGAGGACGAAACUUCCACAGAGGCUGACAUAGCUACGUUAAUUUAUGGGAAGAUCAGUGAAGCCGGGAGACCGACUUCCGGUCUAGAGGCUCCCCAGCCCUCUAUGAACGGUUCUCUGAGUUCUAUCGUCCACUCGGAAGAAGAACUGACCGGUUCCUACAACUGGGACUAUCUACUCGACUGGGGACCCCAGUAUCAACCGCUAGCGCAUGUCUUUGGAGAGAUAGCAAGGCUCAAAGAUGAUGCGGCGAGCGUUCAGAGCGGAAACUCAAGCGGGAGUAAAGGCAAACCGGUGCACAAGGCACCACCGCCACCCCUGCUAACUUCCGUCGCGCCAAGGUCACUCGCUGCCCCUGCCUUGGCAAGAGGAAUUGUACCAAGGUCACCGAUUAGUCACGAUGGCUCUACUUUCCCAUCAGCAGCCCUGAGCCCCAGUUUUUCACCGUCGCUUUCACCCCUCGCAACGAGGAGUCCUAGUAUAAGCCCUCUUGUACCUGCCGGGGCACAAAGGUCGAAUCAAGGUCCACCCAGAGGUAUACCCGUCGCAGACUCGGAGCUGAGGAUUUAAUGGAGGAAAUAUCCCAAGUGAACUAGGUUAAUAGGAUAAAGUUUUAAAUUUGUCUUCCUUAUCUCCAGACACCUUCGUUGGAUGCCAAGGUGUGGAGAUGAACUUAAGACGUGUGAAUGUGAUUAUACUUCCUAACGAGUUAUCACGGCAAGCAGGGUGGAUAAAGACUGUGGAGCGUUUUCCUUACCCUGAAUGAUGCAUGUCGUAGUUUUCAGUAACUGAUUGUAAUAUUAGAAGGAAUUCUGUGUAAAUAAUGAUAAACCGACUGAAGACUAAGUUUAGUAUCGAAUACGUACAUUGUGAUUUGGGUCCAUCGACUCGAAAGUUCAUAUACUCAGUAUUUUGUAAAGCUUAUAGAAAUUAAAAGUGGCCAUAGGACGCCGAGCGAGGGUCAAAUCCCAUCCAAAUAUACUGCGCGCUAAAAUUUUUGUUCGUGAAAUAAUAAAUAGGCGAAUUCAAGUGUGAGUGCAUUUCAAUAUUUCCGAUGUACCGCAGUAGCCACUACUUGUGUACAGUAUGUAACUAUUAUAUCAAAGUAUUAAAUUACAUGUUUAGCGUGUAGGUGUAAAGGUGCAAAGUGUAAUAUUAUUAUGGUAUGUAUUAUUUCAGAAUAUAAUUGUAUCGCGUCCUGCUCAACUUUUGAUGAGUAGAUAAGAAAUAAGAAUGAGCAGAUUUAUGAAGGUGUAAAUAUAAAAAUAAUUUUGUAAAAGAAAUCGGGAUUAUAGAGAAGUUAUUGAAAAAGACGCUAUCACUAGACAACGCUGUAGCUUUACUGACGUGGUAAACUUGUAUAAAAAAUUUUAGAAAUACCUCCGAGUUUAGGUAGCCUUGUAUAUAUACAAUUAAUUUUUAUUAUAAUCAAAAAUAGACUGCAACUUCAUUAGCUGGUCUGGUUUCACUAUGUUUUCUUUCAACCAUCGUUUGGGUAUAACGAGAAAAGGAAAGAAAUAAGACAAUUCGAAUCACUGUUAAUAAACUAGAAAUUCGUAAUGUUUUGUAGCUUAACAAUCGUAUAAGUUAAAUUAUUGAACAUAGAGGAACCGUCCCGUAACGUAUUUCUAAACCACGACCGAACUGAUUUGAAUCGUGGGCCUUUUUUUCUGUAUCAUACAAACGCAGGCUAUAGUAGACGCGAAUCAUCGAAUUUAUUUUCUGUGAAAUAAGUAACGACGCACAUUGCCAUUCCACCAAUUGACGAGGCGCAGAAACUAAGAUAUCACCCUCCCACCCUUUUCCUACCGUCUGCAUUUUGAAUUUUGUAUAAAUAUUCUUUCCUUCCUGUACAAACCUUUUAAGCGAAAGUCCACUAUUGUGGAAUUAAUAAAUGAAUUUUGUAACAAAA